AUGGACGAUGAAACCGAGGAAAUAUCUGCCGGCAGUUCGUCAGAUUCCAAGAACGAUGUCGUGUUGUCGAUGUUUCGAAUGGCCGAUGCGGAUGGUGCCGUCCGACCCUUGCGAGGAUUCACGGUUCUUAUUGGGGAUCACAAAAUAAAGUUGAAAAUCGUUCAAGCCCACGAUGUUGCCAUGUCGGCGAUGACAAAAGGAACUGGAAACAUUCAUCGUGACCCAGAAGAAGGUGAAGUGGUGUGUAUGUUUUGUGGAUACUGCUUUGAUUCGGCGGACGAAUUAGCGUCUCACGAACCUCUGUGCGCAGCUGGUGAGGCUGAACCUUGUUCACUGACGUGCAACUGCGGAAGGUCGUUUGCUCACCCAUCUACUCUUCAUGAACAUCAGCAAACUCAUGAGUCUCCGAUGGGCGGUGACUUCCCUUGUCACUAUUGUUCACGAACGUUUGCAUCCAGUACGUUGCUGGCAACGCACGAGACGAUCCAUUCCGUACUAAAGUUCUACAAAUGCGGAUUCUGCCCGAAAUCUUUCCAGAGGAAGGUGCAUAUGUAG